UUUGUAGUUUUCCGUUUCAUUUUAUAAGAAGCGAGUGGGAGGGAGGACGCGGGUGAUUUCGACCCUUCGAUCGAAAACCAUGAGCAACGUUACCGCCGAUCCCACUACCGACGGUCCUUCCACCGCCGUCGCAGAGUCCGCAGUCCAGAGUUCUCCUCCGACUGAUCGUCCCGUCCGCGUCUACGCCGAUGGGAUCUACGAUCUUUUCCACUUUGGCCACGCUCGAUCUCUCGAACAAGCCAAAAAAUCGUUUCCAAACACUUACCUUCUCGUUGGAUGUUGCAACGAUGAGACUACUCAUAAGUACAAGGGAAGGACUGUUAUGACUGCUGAAGAGCGUUAUGAAUCACUCCGCCACUGCAAGUGGGUGGAUGAAGUUAUUCCGGAUGCACCAUGGGUGAUCAACCAAGAGUUUCUUGAUAACCACCGCAUUGACUAUGUUGCCCAUGAUUCCCUUCCGUAUGCUGACACCAGCGGAGCUGGAAAGGAUGUCUAUGAAUUUGUUAAGAAAGUUGGGAGGUUUAAGGAAACAAUGCGAACUGAAGGGAUAUCAACUUCGGACAUUAUUAUGAGAAUAGUGAAAGAUUACAACCAGUAUGUCAUGCGUAACCUGGAUAGAGGUUAUUCCAGGGAAGAUCUUGGAGUUAGCUUUGUCAAGGAAAAGAGACUUAGAGUUAAUAUGAGGCUAAAGAAACUCCAGGAGAGAGUCAAAGAACAGCAAGAAAAAGUGGGAGAAAAGAUUCAAACCGUAAAAAUGCUGCGCAACGAGUGGGUAGAGAAUGCAGAUCGGUGGGUCGCUGGAUUUCUGGAAAUAUUUGAAGAAGGUUGCCAUAAGAUGGGGACUGCAAUAAGAGACAGCAUCCAAGAGAGGUUAAUCAGACAAAUUCCCAGAAACAGGCUGGAGAACGGUCAGGAUGAUGACACAGACGAUCAGUUCUAUGAAGAAUAUUUUGACCAUGACAUGGGCAGUGACGAGGAUGAAGAGGAACGAUACUAUGACGAGGAGGAAGAUGUUGAAGAAGAGAAAAAGAAAACCAUUAAGACAGAUGCAAAAGACAAGUAGUAAGAACAAAUUUGUCUCUCAGAACCCUAAGUUUAGCCUCUCAGUCUAUCUCCCUCUCUUGCUCUGUCUCUCACUCUCUCAGUAAUAUGCAUCUUCUUAACAUAUAAUACCAAAUGUUUAGAAAUGGGGUGUGUGUGAGUGUGAUGUGUGUCUUUUAAAAAAAAAAUCGAACGUGCGGGCUUGUCUUUGGUAAGUUGUCUCAUCGUUGUUUAUUUUUGUAUAAGCAUGUUUUUUUCGAUACUUGGUUUUGGGAUCCUGAUGUAUCUAAUGUUUAAUCAUUGUUUUUUUCUUCUCUU